UAUGCUGCACUGACGGUACCUAAAAACGAUUUAAUAUUAAGGCCUGGUUAUAUUCUUACAAUGUACUUGCAAAAUAUAUCCUUCUGCGGCCUCUAAUACUGGAGGAUAUAUACAUUUGAUCCUAGAAACCGUUUGUUAAUCGUGCGUGAUGGAAGCUGGAGGACAAAGGCGCAGAUGGGAGUACUGCUGGAUUUCUUUGUGUAUUUAUUUUCUUCUUGGCAUCGGACAGCAAGUUUCAGCUCAGAUAAGAUACUCGAUUCCAGAAGAAGUGAAAGAAGGAACCGCUGUGGGAAAUAUUGCUAAGGAUUUAGGUCUUGAAGUAAGUAGUUUGGUGGUCAGGCAGUUUCGAAUCGUUUCUGGAUCUAAAGAGGAGCUUUUUCAAAUAAAUCAGGAAAAUGGCGUUUUGUACGUUCAUAAGAAAAUCGACAGGGAGUCUUUAUGUGCUGGCAGCGGUGUUUGCAUGGUAAAUUUAAAAACCGUUAUUGAAAAUCCUCUCGAGAUCCAUUAUAUAGAAGUAGAAAUAACAGACAUAAAUGACCAUUCUCCUAGUUUUGCUGAGAAUGAAUUUCAACUUAGAAUUUCCGAGUAUACGCUCCCUGGCGCUGAUUAUCAGUUACAGGCUGCCAAAGAUCCAGAUUCUGGAACGAAUUCAAUCCGGUCCUAUAAAUUAAGUCCUAAUGAUCAUUUUGAAAUUCGAGUUAGAGAAAAUGAUGAAGAUAAAAAGCCUUUUUUAGUCCUUAAGAAUGCUGUUGAUAGGGAGAUUACAAAUACAUACAAGCUUAUUUUAACAGCUGUUGACGGAGGGAAUCCUCCGAGAUCUGGUGCUCUUAACAUUACAAUUACCAUUCUAGAUAUAAAUGAUAAUCGCCCUGUAUUUAGUCGAGAGACGUAUUCUGUGAUAUUACAUGAAAACUCUGCUGUUGGCACUGUGGUUGUUCGAGUAAAUGCAACUGAUAUAGAUGACGGUCCUAAUAGUGAAAUCGAAUACAGUUUUGCAACGUUAAACGGCAAAGUGCAUGAGGUUUUUGAGCUCGAUCAGGUCACAGGUGAAAUACGUAUAAAGGGGAGAGUUGACUUUGAAGAAUCAGAAGUGUAUAAACUCGAUAUUCAGGCAUCAGAUAAAGGACAUCCACCACUGUCUGCAAACUGUAGAGUUGUAAUUAAGAUUAUUGAUGUAAAUGACAACCGGCCUGAAAUUGAGAUUACAUCACUUUCAAAGAACAUCCCUGAAGAUUCUAAGCCUGGAACGGUAAUUUCUCUGAUCAGUGUGACUGAUAAAGAUGCAGGGAUCAAUGGUAAAGUCAUGUGUCAGUUAAACAAAAACAUUCCCUUUGAACUAAAACCUUCUUUCAAAGACAAUAUGUACUCUUUAGUGACAAAAGAUCGUUUAGACAGAGAGACGAGUUCACAUUAUGACAUUACAAUAACUGCCUCUGAUUUAGGACAGCCGUCUUUAACUGCAUCGACCACUAUAAACGUUCAGAUUUCUGAUGUGAAUGAUAAUGCGCCGGGAUUUUUAAUAAAUCCUCUAAAUCUAUAUUUAAUGGAAAAUAAUGCAGCCGGUUCGGUCAUAAUUUCGGUAAGAGCCUUUGAUCGUGACACAGAUGAAAAUGCCGUGAUAUCCUAUCACAUAAUUAGAGAUGGAAAACAGAAUGAUUUGUCAUCUUUCUUAAAUAUAAAUUCCGAGACAGGUAUUGUUUAUUCUUUAAGGAGCUUUGACUUUGAAACUGCUAAAACGUUCCAGUUCCAUGUUCUCGCUACAGACUCUGGAACUCCGUCUCUGAGCAGUAACGUGACAGUGAACGUGUUUAUUCUGGAUCAGAACGACAAUGUUCCAGUGAUCUUAUAUCCAGUCAGCGCUAACGGUUCUGCUGAGGGUGUGGAAGAGAUUCCCCGUAAUGUGAACGCAGGUCAUUUGGUGACUAAAGUCAGAGCCUAUGACGCAGAUAUAGGAUACAACGGCUGGUUAUUAUUUUCACUGCAGGAAGUUAGUGACCACAGUCUCUUUGGUUUGGACCGCUACACAGGACAGAUAAGGACCCUUCGCUCAUUCACAGAAACAGACGAGGCCCAGCAUAAACUGAUCAUACUGGUCAAAGACAAUGGAAACGUUUCACUCUCAGCAACAGCGACUGUGAUUGUCAAAGUUGUGGAGGCCAAAGAGGCUUUUGCUGCUUCUGAUGUUAAAAACGCAGUAAAAGAUGAGGAGGAAAACAAUGUGACAUUUUAUUUGAUCAUCACUUUGGGCUCGGUUUCGGUGCUUUUUGUCAUCAGCAUCAUCGUGUUGACUGUAAUGCAGUGCUCUAAAUCGACAGACUAUUCGUCCAAGUAUUUACAGGAUACAAAUUACGACGGGACUCUGUGUCACAGCAUCCAGUACAGAUCUGGAGAUAAACGGUACAUGUUAGUUGGACCCAGAAUGAGUAUCGGCUCUACUAUAGUCCCAGGCAGUAAUGGAAAUACUCUAGUGAUCUCAGAUCGCAGGAGGAGAGAUUCUGGAGAGGUAAGACUAACAGAUUCAUUCUAA